AUGCGCCGGAACCAGUGGUGCACCGCCGCGUGCUCUCUUGUCGCUCUCCUGCAGUCGCUUGCUAUUGAUACGCCAGAGGCCAUACAUUCUCGAAGACGGGAUCCGACGGCACGUGCAGUCGUCCCAUCUGCGUUGCGACGGAAGCCAAGCCGCCCAACCUCAGCAACACCCGUUAAGCGCCCUCUGACGCGCAGCCGCAGUUCCCUUCCUUUGAUCGUCCGACAGCCGUUGACAGCGGCCGUUCAGCGCCUCUGCCCGUUCGCAGUCUCAUCCCCCACCCGCCCUCGACGCAGGCGAACCGACACAGCUGCACGCCUCGGAUCGCCGCAGCGCGCACACUUCCCGCUAGUCCCCGGCCCAGUCCCGGAUUUGCGAAUACGACGACAAUACGCCGACACAUGGGAUAGAGGGUGA